AUGGCUUCAUCUCCACUUUUGGUUGAAGAUCGUCAAGUUCCGCUUGAUGCUACCUCCGAUCCACCUGGUGUGUUCGACGGAACCACAAGAUUGUACAUAAGCUACACCUGCCCAUUUGCGCAACGUGUUUGGAUUACCAGAAAUCUCAAGGGUCUGCAAGAGAAGAUCAAACUGGUUCCUAUAGAUCUUCCUAAUAGGCCAGCUUGGUUCAAGGAGAAAGUAAAUCCUGCAAACAAGGUUCCUGCACUCGAGCACAAUGGCACAAUCAUUGGGGAGAGUAUAGAUUUGAUCAAAUAUGUUGAUAGCAAUUUUGACGGUCCUUCACUUUACCCCGAGGAUCCUGAAAAGAGAGAAUUUGGUGAAGACUUGUUGAAAUAUGUUGAUACAACAUUAGUUAAAAUCGUGUUUGCCUCUUUCAAAGGUGAUCCGGCUAAAGAUACCGCAUCGGUCUUCGACCACGUGGAAAAUGCUCUACAGAAGUUUGACGAUGGUCCGUUCUUCCUCGGCGAGCUUAGCUUGGUUGAUGUCGCAUAUAUCACGUUCAUCCAACGGUUUCAAGUCUUCCUUGGAGAAGUUUUCAAGUACGAUAUUACUGCUGGACGUCCAAAACUGGCUGCUUGGAUUGAGGAAAUGGAUAAGAUGGUUGCAUAUACGCAGUCGAAAACGGACUCGGAAUAUAUCAUCAAUUUCUUCAAGAAGUUCAUGUAA